GAAACUAAAAAAGCCAGAAAAGAGAGAGAGAGAGAGAGAGACAUUUCGAUUACAAAAACCGAAACGAACCGUGUCCGUGUUGAAGGUCAAAACCAAAACGAAAAAAAAAAAAAAAAAAACCCAACCACCCUCCUCCUCCACCGCCUUGAUCAGCACGACACCGUUUAUGCUAUUUCCGAUCGUCGCAAGUCGGCGACUCCCCGUCGGCGGUGGGGUCCACCACUGCUCUAGCUCUUACUUCCCUCUCCGGUGACUCCUCCUCCGCGGCGGCGGUCGGCGGUGACAUUCUCCGAGAAGUUAUUCUCCGGCGGAGUAUAUUAUGAAGAAGAACCUUUACAACGGCAACAACACGAAAGUUCAGACUAAUCAUCAUCAUCAUCAUCAUCGUCAUCACAGCAAUAAUGGCUUCCUUCCUAAUUCUCUGAAAUUCAUUUCCUCUUGCAUUAAGACCGCCUCCUCCGGCGUCCGGUCGGCCAGCGCCUCCGUCGCCGCUUCCAUCUCCGCUGACCCGCACGAGUCCCGAGACCAGGUGUUGUGGGCAUGCUUUGACAGACUAGAUCUUGGUCCAUCUUCCUUCAAACAUGUUCUGCUACUUGGUUAUGUCAAUGGCUUUCAAGUCCUUGAUGUUGAAGAUGCCUCUGAUGUCAGUGAGCUUGUAUCAAAACGUGAUGAUCCAGUCACAUUUUUACAGAUCCUGCCCCUGCCUAGAAUCUCUCAAGGUCCUGAAGGAUUCAGAUCUUCGCAUCCAUUACUCAUGGUUGUUGCAUGUGAAGAAUCAAAGAACUCUGGUAUGACACAAAAUGGAAGAGAUGGUUUGGUAAAUGGUUAUACUGAGCCUCAAACAAGCAACUCUGCUAUGUCUCCUAGAGUUGUUCGGUUUUAUUCACUAAGGUCUCACAGUUAUGUUCAUGUUCUGAGAUUCCGCUCGACUGUGUAUAUGGUUAGAUGCAGUCCUCAGAUAGUGGCUGUUGGUCUUGCCUCUCAAAUAUACUGCUUUGAUGCUGUCACUCUAGAGAACAAGUUCAGUGUUCUUACUUAUCCUGUCCCCCAGUUGGGAGUCCAAGGACUGGUUGGGGUUAAUAUUGGAUAUGGUCCCAUGGCUGUUGGUCCCAGGUGGUUGGCUUAUGCCUCCAACAACCCUUUACUGUCAAACACUUGCCGACUAAGCCCGCAAAGUCUUACACCUCCAGGUGUCAGUCCAUCAACUUCACCAAGUAAUGGAAAUCUGGUGGCUCGGUAUGCCAUGGAAUCUAGUAAGCAGUUAGCUGCUGGGUUGCUAAAUCUGGGAGACAUGGGCUACAAAACUUUGUCUAAGUACUAUCAACCAGAUGGUUCCAGCUCUCCAGUGUCAUCAAAUUCUAUCUGGAAAGUUGGGAAGGUUGGAUCACAUUCAACAGAAACAGAUAUUGCUGGAAUGGUUGUUGUAAAAGACAUUGUUUCCAGGGCGGUCGUUUCACAAUUUAGGGCACAUACUAGUCCCAUUUCUGCUCUAUGUUUUGACCCAAGUGGGACUCUCCUUGUUACUGCCUCGAUACAUGGAAACAAUAUUAACAUUUUUCGGAUAAUGCCAUCACGUAUUGGAUCUGGCACCCAGAACUAUGACUUGAAUUCCUCUCAUGUGCACCUUUACAAGCUCCAUCGUGGCAUGACAUCAGCUGUAAUCCAAGACAUAUGUUUUAGUCAAUACAGUCAAUGGAUUACAAUUGUUUCAUCGAGGGGGACUUGCCAUAUUUUUACUCUUUCCCCCUUUGGUGGUGAUACUACUCACAAGCAGAGUUCUCAUGUUGAUGGGCCUAGUCAUUUGCCAGUUCCGUCUGUACCGUGGUGGUUCACUCCUUAUUUCCUGACAAACCAGCAACUUUUUUCUCCACCACCACCCCCUGUUACCCUUUCUGUGGUUAGCAGAAUAAAAGAUAACUCCGGGUGGAUCAAGACAGUUAGUCAUGCUGCGUCUUCUGCAGCCGGAAAAGCUUCCAUUCCAUCUGGCGCUGUUACUGCUGUAUUUCAUAAUUCUGUUGCUCAUGAUCUGCAAACUUCUCAUUUAAAGGUAACUGCUCUGGAGCACCUAUUGGUUUACACUCCUUCUGGUCAUGCAGUACAGUUUAAACUACUUCCAAGAGUUGGGAUAGAGCCUGGUGAAGCUACAUCAAGAACAGUGCCAGGCUCUUCAGUACAAAUACAGGAUGAGGAGUUGCGAGUGAAAGUUGAACCUCUGCAGUGGUGGGAUGUUUGCCGAAGAACUGAUUGGCCUGAAAGAGAGGAAUGCAUUUCUGGGAUUAAACUUGGGAGACAAGAAGAUGAGGAGACAGUCAUGGAUACUUUUGAUUGUGAUGUUAAUGAUAUUGGGGAUGAGGAGUCGGUGAAACCACUUGAGCGAUCUCACUUGUAUCUCGCCAACGCUGAGGUUCAGAUUAACUGUGGAAGGAUUCCAAUCUGGCAAAAGUCUAAGAUAUAUUUCUAUACAAUGAGUACUCCGGGAGCCAUUGAACAAAAUUUUACUAAAGAUCUUACUGGAGGAGAGAUUGAAAUAGAAAAGGUUCCUGUUCACGAGGUUGAAAUUAGGCGGAAGGAUUUGCUACCUGUUUCUGAUCAAUUCCAAAGAGUGCAGUCUAAUUGGAGUGACAGGGAUCUUAUUGGAAGAGGAUUCUCAAGUUCAUCUUCUGAUUCUCAUGAAGCUAAAGAAAAAUUUCUGGAAAAUGUUGAUAUUUCUGGUGACAAGUUGGCAUCAACUGGCAACCCAGAUGCCGGUGGUUCUUAUCCAUCCAUUCUCCAAUCUGGGAAUGGAAAUAAUGGGGAAACAAGAGGGAGAUCUUUUUUGGCGUCACCUCUACUGAACCAAAGCUCCAUAAAGAAUAAUAUUGUUACAAUACCUUCAAAACAACCGACUUCAGGUGUUUCUCUGGUUAAGGAUAGUAAUUUUUUAAAGAGUCAAUCCACUUUAACAGGUGGUUCCCUUGCUGCUGAUGGAACUAUUGCACAAGAGGUUCAUUUGGUGAACAGUGGUGGGGCCAAUGAAAGUUCAAAUGUAAGUUCCAACCGUUCUGAUCUGAGUAUGAACAUCCUUGAUGAGGGACCAGUACAUGACUCACUGGAUUUUGAGCAGUUUUUCCAAGAGGGGUAUUGUAAAGCAUCACCUUUGAGCAACUUUCCUGAAUCAACUGAAGUUGUAACUGAUGUGGACAGUAGCAACAGCCCCUGUGAUAGGGAGAAAUGCGAGGAAGAUGGUGACGAUGAUGACAUGCUUGGCGGUGUAUUUGACUUCUCCGAGGAAGGAUGAUGGACCGUUUCGGUGCUCCAUUGUACUGGAGUAAUGAUCUGCCCUUAUUUUCUUGGUGUGCUAAAGAGAGCUCAGCCAAAUUUGAGUGCGAAAUUUAAUUGAUGAAGUUUCAGGUUGUCUUUUUUCGACAAUGAAAAAUGCUACCGACUAAUUGAUACAAGUGAUAUAAUCUUUGGUUUGGCGUAGUGCUGCUGGGGCAAAUGCCUGGUACCUUCCCUUCUAAUUCUCAUGUAAAUGUUGUAAAUGGAAAUUCAAAAUAGAAAAUGAUUUGUGUGGACAGGUUGUUUUCGUGCUGUAUAACAUUGUAAAUUUCAUUCUUCAAGCAAAAAAAUAAAAGUGAAAAUAAGAAAUAACAUUGUAAUUCA